GCUGCGCGGUGCGCAGGCGCGAGCGGUCGGGCCCCGGCGCGCGCGGCGCUCGGUUGAAGCGGGAGUGAGUUCCUGGGAGAGGAGAUCGGCGGCGCGCGAGCGGGCUAGCGGGCUAGCGCCUCCUCUAUCCGCCAUGGCAGCCCUGCGCUACGCGGGCCUGGACGACACGGACAGCGAGGAUGAGCUGCCCCCGGGCUGGGAAGAGAGAACCACCAAGGACGGCUGGGUUUACUAUGCCAAUCACACUGAGGAGAAGACUCAAUGGGAGCAUCCGAAAACUGGAAAAAGAAAACGAGUAGCAGGAGAUUUGCCAUAUGGAUGGGAACAAGAAACCGAUGAGAACGGACAAGUGUUUUUUGUUGACCAUAUAAAUAAAAGAACCACCUACUUGGACCCCAGGCUGGCAUUCACCGUGGAUGAUAAUCCCACGAAGCCGACCAGCAGACAGCGGUACGACGGCAGCACCACGGCCAUGGAGAUCCUGCAGGGCCGUGACUUCAGCGGCAAGGUGGUUGUGGUGACGGGAGCCAACUCAGGAAUAGGGUUUGAAACUGCCAAGUCUUUUGCCCUCCACGGUGCCCACGUGAUCCUGGCCUGCAGGAAUAUGGCGAGAGCCAGCGAGGCCGUGUCACGCAUCUUGGAAGAGUGGCACAAAGCCAAGGUAGAAGCAAUGACCCUGGACCUCGCUCUGCUCCGCAGCGUGCAGCAUUUUGCUGAAGCGUUCAAGGCCAAGAACGUGUCCCUUCACGUGCUCGUGUGCAACGCUGCGGCUUUUGCUCUGCCCUGGAGCCUCACAAAGGAUGGCCUGGAGACCACCUUCCAGGUGAACCACCUGGGGCAUUUCUACCUGGUGCAGCUCCUGCAGGACGUUCUCUGCCGCUCGGCCCCUGCCCGCGUGGUCGUGGUCUCCUCCGAGUCCCAUCGAUUUACGGACAUCAACAAUUCCUCCGGGAAGCUUGACUUCAGCCGCCUCUCCCCAUCAAAGGGCGAGUACUGGGCCAUGCUGGCCUACAACAGAUCCAAACUGUGCAACAUCCUUUUCUCCAACGAGCUGCACCGGCGCCUGUCCCCGCGUGGGGUCACGUCCAACGCGGUGCACCCUGGGAACAUGAUGUACUCCUCCAUCCACCGCCACUGGUGGGUAUACACACUGCUGUUCACCUUGGCGAGGCCGUUCACCAAGUCCAUGGUAAGUCCACGGUUUCUGGCGCCACCAGCACCUCCAGCGUGCCUUCCCUGGAGAUGUCCAGCUGUGCGUAUCCUCCCCUCCUCGCCAUUUGUCCCCAGGAGAAAGUCUGGUCUUUACCUGGGUCAUGUCAUGCCUGAGCUGCCAGCAAGGGCCCAGCACAGGCGGCCUCUCUGUGGCAGGAUGGAGAGAAGAGGUGGUUUCUCAAUGUUGUGCUGAAGGUCUUGAUGGUUUAUUUUGUUUGGAUGUGAUUUCUGUUUUGACUCAAAAAACUUCGAACACCUAUUGUGUUGGGCAUUGCACUUGAGAACUGUGUUUCAUGUUAGAAGGUGAAAAAUGAGGAUUUGUGCUGUGUAGUGGUUCAGGCCUAUAUUCCCAGCUACUAGAGAGGCUGUGGAGGAGGAUCCCAGGUUCAAGGCCAGGCUGGGCAACUUAGUGAGACCCUGUCUCAAAAUGGGAAAAUGCAAAAGGGCUGGAGAUGUAGCUCAGUGUGUGGUGCUUUGUCUAGCAUACAUGAGACCCUGGGCUCGACCCCCAGUAUGUGUAUUUGUCUCUCUUUCAUACACACACACAUAUACACACACACACACGUGCGCACACACACAGGUUUGUGACUAUUGGAUUGGUAGCAGUGUGGUCCCUUUGUGUUCACUGAGAAGCUAUUAUCAGAUAUUCUAAAUUCUUCUUUGAAUGGAGAAGUCGGUGUACCCUCUCCUGGAGAGGCUUCAUGGCUGGAGUGUACUCUAGUCUUUACAUCCCCACACGUGAAUCUUCUUGGAUAAAUCACAUCACCUUGAUAAGAUGUGGAAGUGUUCACAAAAGGAAAUGUGAAGCUUUUAUAUUUUUGAUGGUUGUUUAUCAAUUGUGUCGAGAAACUUCUUCCAUGAACGCAUUUUAAAGGGAAAUAAUUCGAAUGAAUAUAUACUUUACACGAUGUAUUUGGAAGACUACUUUCUAAUCUCCAGACAUUUAACAAUAUUUUCCUAUUAAUAAAUGCUAGUGUUUCCAUUACCCAAACAUAACAUCUACACCACAGAAAUUCCCUGUUCUCCAAACAUGUUUUGGCCUUUGGAAGUGUGUCAGACCAUCAUCUUCCAGUUUAUCUCAGCCUCUGAGUGUGGUCUGCCUCUUUCUGAGGUCGCUCACACCUGCCGUCCUUGCCCUUCAUGUUUGUGGAUGACUUUUAAGAACUACCUGAAUCUCAGGAAUUAUUUAGGAGACAGGAAGUAAGAGAUGCCAGGCCAGGGCUCCACUAGUGAGGCACACCCAGUCCCCAAAUGGGUCUCAAGUAAGACAAAUGCAGUUCAAGUGUGAAUACUUAACAUGCAGAGGGGACGAGGCGAGUAGUUUUCCUGGUCAGGGGGUGGGUGAGUGUGGGGAUUGUAUCUGGAAAGUAAAUGCGUGAAACCGUUCGCACGUGGGUCGCAGGGCUGAGACCUUCUCCCACCAGUUUCCUCUCCAUGAGCCUGUAGGGCUCUCUCCUCCCAAGGCUUUCCUUGACCACAGUGAGGUCUUUUGCUGUUAGGAAUGUGGAUCUCCAGUGGGUGUCAGUGCCCCUCACAGCUGCGGAUGGAUUGUUAGAGUUUGGGUGAGAGAGGAGAGACAUGCUCCUGAUUUUCUGUUGUCCUGUGGCUUCAAGACCAACAGGUGCCCACGGCCAGUCCUCGAUUGUCAUUGGUAAUCCUUGCGUCUUGAGUCUUCUCACUGGAUGUGUUCCUUGGUGGGCGCUCAGGAGCUUACUUCUAUGACAACAAAGAGUUUUGGUUUUGUAGCCUCUUCCAGAAUGUUCCUAAUCAGAGGAUGUGACAGGAAAGACAUGGAGGGGGCUCUGUGUAUGGAAUCGAUGGGGGGUAAUACAACUAGCUCACUUGGUGUGAAUUCCAGAGUGUGGGGAGUGGUCAACAGAAAAGGCAGAAACUGUUAUUCUGUGACCUGAUCCCAGGGUUCAGGGCCCUGGAAAGGGGCAGGGGGAAAAGACAAGUUCUCGUGCAGUCAUGCUGGUCGGUAUCUGUGUUUCUGGGGGUGGGUUGGUUAUUACAUAAUAUCGAAUGUGAACUGUGCCUAGCAAAGUUGGGGGUGAUCGUUGGCUUCUUGGAUCUGCCAGGAAGGGUUCUGUGACGUGCUAGCAAGUCACCUGGAGCAGGCAUCCACAUGGCAUGGUGAGUGUUUGGGUUUGUGGUCAGUGUGGUCAGGAUGUAAGCCAAGUGAGAAACCAGUGUGGAGUUAAACUGAGGCGGGAGCCUUGCCACGUGGGCCAGGAAGAGCACUGAGUGGGGGUGUUCCGUGAGUGCCACUCCCUAUUGCCUGGCCUCUGUGGCUGUCCUCCACCUCCCUGGCCAGUGUGCAGUGGCCUCUUCUGCCCGCUACCCUGAUCCAUCUGGACCCCAGUCACAGAAGCACAGAGACUACUUGUGAGCAGGUUUCAGUGACCAGAGCAAGGCAAGGCUGGGGCCUGAGAGGAAGACCCCAUAGAGCAUCCUGGGUAACAGGUAAAUGGAGUAGCCGCAAGACCCUGGGUGAGAACUGUGUUGGACGUGCACAGAUAACUAGCCCUUGGGAAGAGCUAGAGGAGAGUUGUGACCUCGUGAAAACCCGCAUUCUGUGUCAGUUGCCAGGGGAGCGAUGUACCUAGAAAGACAGCGGUAAGCAGCGCCCUGUACCCAGAAAGGGGUUUGACGUGGCCUCCCAGUGGUGGCAAGAGAAGGAAGUGUUCCCCUGGACAGCUCUCCUGUUAGUGACCCUAAAGUCAAGACCUGGUUCUUGCCUCUGGAUAUGGGGACAGCCUGGACAGUCACUUCAGGUUCAAGCCUGCCUCCUCAUAAACAAAAGGGUGAUGCAUGCCAUUGUGACCAUCGGCCAUGAUGGACAUAACAUCUGUAAGAGUGGACGUAGAAUUUCUGUAGAGACUGUAAUCUGACUAGCAAACAUGAUAGCCACUGGCCAUAUAUGGCUAUCGAGGCUAAUAUAACUGAAUUUUUAAUCUGACUGCACUUUAGUUAAUGUAAGUGGUCAUGAGGGCCCAGUGGCUUCCCUGUUGAGAGCAGAGAUCAAUGAUGUGCCUGGCACAGUGCCUGUUGCAAGUGAUACUUCUCACUGUGUUGGCUGUAAUUAGUUUCUGUGAGCAGUGUCUUGGUCUAGAAUAUUCUCCAAAGUGCAAUUGCUGAUAACAGGACAAGAGUCAGGAGGCCAAAGGACCAGGCAUAGAGGGAGCUGGAGGGCUCUGUUCCUGGGCCUUUGGGAUGGAGGGAGGGAAGGAGUUACUCAUGAGGCAGGAAAGGCAUGUGCAUGGAGGGAGCUUGGUUGGUUGUUCUCCAACCUGCACAUCUGGUCUCCCAGGAAUAUAGUGUUGUGGACAUUCCAUGAGUAAUUGGUAGAACAGCAUCUUUAAUAUUCCACAAGUGGAGUGCCUUAAAUAAGCAUAAAGAUUAGAAAGUUGCAGGAUGUGGAGCCGAGAUUAGAUUCUCAUUAAAAUCCUCCCUAAUGAUACAUUUAUAUUUUUAGGUGCUUAGAGGUAUUUUUGAGCCUUUGAAGUUCCAGUUUAUAAAGAAGUGGGAGGAGGUGGGGCUUGGACUUAUUUCUCAAACUCUGAGCCAGUCCCUUCUCCUUCAUAGACAUCUAGGACUUGGUGACUUCCAGAGUGGCAUCGGCUUGAAUGUAGACUUGGGGUUGGUCAGUUUCAUUGGCAGGAAAAACUAGACUGAUUCCGAGUCACCUGCAUGUGCUCUCCAGUGUGUGUGGCUUGGCCUUCUUUCGGUCACAAUAAGGUAUUUGCUCCUUGGGCGAUGGAUGCACCUCUGCCAUUUUAAUGGCAACAGAUUCUUAGACAUAGACCUUACAGGUGCAGCCCAUGCCCUCCCCACCUGAGGGCUGGACUCCUGAACACAGAGGAAGCUGCAUGGCAGGGAUGUAAUCUCCCCUUUGCCAGGCGUCUGGCGCUGGGUGUUGUGCUUUCUGGCGUCUUCUGCACGUCACCUAGAAAAGUCUUUUCUCUCUACACCAAACUUGCUGGAGUACACACUCCAUUGUGUGAGAUCGAGGAGAAAAGAAAUACAACGUAGCCUUGGGCUGGAGCCCUGGCUUUGCCUAUCCACGAUAGCCGCUUCCGCAACCAUUAAACAGCAGUAUUCUAAUAUCAGCAUCCCUUUUUUAUUUGCUUUGACUUGCUGUGACUGUGGUGAUUUUAGUUACAGUAAUUAGGUCACCCUUCAUGGAGUCAGGCUAUUUUAAGUGCCUCUUUAAGGAAUAUUGUUGCAGAUCAGUAAUUUUACAAUUGGAUGUUCUUGUGCAACUUUAUUAAAUGUAAUCUGUCUUUUAAAUGUUGCCCUUUUACAGUUAUACAUUUCUAAUUGUUGCUGUAAAUGCAUUAUCACUUUGAAAUUAAUUAAUUUUUCCAUUUUGGCCGCCUGCAGUAUAAUAAUCACUAAUGAGAAACUCAUAGGGAUUAAUUCUCAGCACAGCGACCCCUACUGGUAAAGCCACAUCUCUGCUGCCCUCUGACAUCCCGAGGACAGAAGCAGUGUAGGGGGUGGGUGCUGAGGUGGAAGCGCUUAUUUACCCUCCCUCCAACUUUUAAUAAAAUUAAAAUAAUGAGUAAAAAUAGAAAUAGGAUUAUUUUUAAGCAUGGUUCCAAAACAAAAUGCAAAAUUCUUCAAAUAACUAUUCCUGAAGCAUCUUAAAGGAAACUAAACUUGGAUGAGAGCUUUCUCAUAGUGAAGUCACAUCAUGUGUGCACUGUUUGUUUUCCUCUCUCUCUAGCUCCUUCUAUGCAAUGAAAAUACUCUAAAAUCAAAUUUUAUAUAUGUGUUAAUGUGCAUUUUAUCUUAAUAUGUAUAUUGCACUUUUACAGAGAUAUUUCUCUAUGGAUUUUAAUUCACAAAACCUGACUAUGGUAUUAUCAGAUGACAUGAGAGAUUUUCAGGGGUGAUUUUGACCAUUUCAGUUGUUGCCCUGUGUGUGAACUUUGGAAUCCUACUGUUCUUCCAGCUUGGCGGUUUAGGCCACAUAGCAGGAUGCUUGACCAACAACACCGCCCUUCUCAGCUGCUUCUUAACAAGUGUUCCUCAGUGUUAGAAUUAUCAUCUUGUGUGCAUAGAGAGCUUACCCAGCUCUCGAAAAUGGCGUUUCCCCUUCCCACCUUUACCGCCUACCCUGGGUCCAUUUACUGCUGUCUCAUGCACAACGGUGCUGUGCUGUAUGUAUUUCCCUGUGCAGCCACGGUUCCUUUUUAACACGUUCAACAGACAGCACCUUCACGAAGCUCACCCCGCCCCUUUCUCCACAUAAGCAUUUAAUUCUUGUCAACAAUUUCUUGAGCAGAGGUCCCAGGUCCAGGCAAGCCCUUGGCCGACUGGAAGCUGAGCUGCAUCACGUGCUUCUUAGGGUGUUCUGUGCAAUCAAAUAUUUGUGUUGGCAGGUAACAGUAGAAAGACCAUCACGUGUUUGGGUAGCAAGAGCUUAGCAGAUGUUUUAGGGAACUGCAUUUUCGAAUCAUUUUACGUUAAAAAAAAAAAUGGAGAGUUUGUAGAACUUGUAAAAUGAUUGGGUUUCGUUUCCUGUGGCCGUGUAAAGCCGGCCAUUGUGUGAGCUUUAAUAGAUGUGCAGCUCCCCUGCUAAUGGACAGGUCUGCAGAGCUGGUCCUGUUGCAGAGUUAUAAAUUAUAACUGGAAACAGCACUGGAUGCCAUUCUCCUAACCUUCGGAAAGCCAGGCUGGGAAAUUCUGCCCUUGAAUAACCCACAGCAGUGUGAUUUAUCAAUGUGCAACUGAAAACAUAAUGAAUGAGAUAAUAGAUGUUGAUUUGUUCUUUAAAUUAGUAUUUUAGAAAAAUACUUCUCUCCUCACCCCCUUUAAAUACCUGUGGCACCUGUGCUGUAGGGACCAUCAAGGACGAAGCCCCCAGUCAACUCAUAGUGAAUCAACUAUGUAUGAGGUGGAGAGAGCGAGCAGGGCCUGGCUGAUGUUGGGAGAAGGAAACACGGUUCACAAAGUGGAAACUAACUCACUAAUCUGCAUGUUUUGAGGCUCCUGAAUGAGGGUGUAAUGGUCACGUUGCCGUGGCCCGCCAGCCAGUCCAGGUGUGUCAAAACAGCAGACUCCUGGGUCCCAGUGGUGACACGGCCACACGUGAACUUUCCUAUGUUGGCCCCCACAGUGAGCACCUCUUCUCCCCUCCAAGGCCACCUUCCCACAACCUCACACCUUCUCCUGAUUUUUCAGGACUAUCAUCAGGAGUGGUUUUAUUAGUUUUCUCUCAGUUCUGUCCAGAGCUUUAAUGGUUACACUGUUCAGUCCAGAGGCCGAUGGGUAGGGUAGAUUGGAAAAGAGCAAAGGAUUUGGAACCUUAGGCCUGUGUCUAAAACUCAGCCCCUCCCUCCCUUUAUAGCUGUGUAAUUUUGAAAUGACUUAUCCUUUCUGAAGUUAAUUUUCUAUAUCAGUUAAGAUGCUUUGGGUCAUGAGUUAUAACAUCUGCUUAAAGGUGGUUAGAAUAAUAAAGGUUUGGUUUUCUGUUUGUAUUUUGUUGUUAUUGUUUCCACAUAUCUAGAAGCCCUGAGGUGUGUUGGGGCACUCUAUGGGCAGCUCCUUUAUGAGUGCCUUGGUUUUCUCCUCAUGCUUACAAGAUGAUUGCAGCAGCACCUAUCAUUUCAUCCUACAUGACAAAAUCUGAAGGCAAGAUGGUGGGGACAGGUGCCUCCUUGGCUGUUGCCUAGCUUUAUCAAGAAUAUCAUUCUGUCUGAGAACUAUCCUCCCACGGUGACUUUACCUCAGCUCCUGCUGGCCAGAAUUAAGUCACCUGUUCCUGUCCCAGGUGCAGGGAAGGCCAGGAAAGGUAUACCUGGCAGGUUUGAGCCUCUAGGGGAGAGUCAAGCUCAGACGGCAAGGAGGGAGGAUGGGUAGUGGCUUUUGGACAGGCUCUGCUGAAUAGCCAUGCACACAGUUAGCUCCCGUGUGGAGUGGGAGUGCCUUCCAGGUUGGGGUGGCGCGUGAGCAAGUCAGAGGUGAACAGAAGCCACCUGGCCCUCCUGGGCCCGUCAGGGGACGGGCUUCACCUGAAGCCAGCCACCUGCUGUUCCUCCCUGGGGGCUUUGACACUUGCUCUUCAGUCUGGGACACCCUCCUGCCCCACCCUGAGGCUCUCCUCAUCCCCAGACUCAACCCAACAUCACACCUCACCUGGGCAGCUAGGUCUCAGAUUUGUCAAGGCCCUGCAGGAUUGUGCAGUGAAAACCAGUGCCUGGAGUCCUGCUGCCUGAGGGUGCUGUAUGCUCCCUGAGCAGCAUUGAACAGGGCUGCAAUUUUAAGUCACUUCUGUGGUUUUGUACUUAUUGUCUGUCUUCCCCUUAUCUCCACACUACUGUAUCCUGGCUCCUUACAGUAAAUGAAUGAAUAAAAGAUAAUUAGAUGCUUAAUAAUAGAUGGUCAUUCCUGCCUUCCUGGUCCUUAAAACUGGGAUGUUAGAGCUUCCUGAAGGAAAAUGAAAUGAAAAGAAAAUGGCAUCCAGCGUACAGCAUCCAGAACAUGCUAGAUGCUCAGUAAAUACCAGCUGGUCUUGCCUUUGGCUUUAGUGUUUGGAGCUGGCCAGGUACUCAAUAGACAUUCAGUAAGAUCUUAAUCAUCAUCACCACUGUUAUUCUUCAUCUCUCCUAAGGCAUGAUUGACAGAACUUGGACCUGUUGCAGUGCGCUGUGGUGUUUUGAUAUAGUACACACAUUGUGAAAUGGUUACCCCAGCUGAGCUAAUUGACAUUCAUCAUACCACACGGUUUUCACUUUCUUGUUGGGAGAACAUUUAAGAUCUACUAUCUGAGCAGAUUGCAACCAUGUGAUGUGUUACUGCCAACUGUAUUCACCGUCCUGUACAAUGGGUCUCUGGAAGUCAUUCUCUGUUGCUGACAUUGGGACCCUUUGACCAGCGUUCCCCCGCCCUUCUCUCUGCUUCUGCGCAUCCAGCACCACCUUUUGGGGUGCAGACACGAGUGAGGUCCCCAGUGCCUGUCCUCUGCACCUGGCCUCCCUGGCAGGACCAUGGCUACUGCCUGGCCUGCUGCAUCUCUCAGGGUUGCUCAUGGUUGCCUGAGCUCCUCCCAAGGGGGCAGAGUGUCACAGAAGGUGCCGUCCUCCCUGGAGUGUCAUGCCUAAGAACCCCAAGUGAGCACCUUGCAGCUUCUGAGGGCAGGGGCCAGGAUGGCUGUCCUGCUGCCAGCGCGACCCUCCUGGCUUCCUGUGUGCCUGCCAGCGGCAGCCCUCAGCUUGGAGGGGGGAGGCUGGUCCCUUUCUUGUCAAAGACAAAGGACCUUCCUCGAGAGGCAAGAGGCAGUGGCGCCCGAUCCCUGGAGGCUUUCUGCCGGGCUCUGUGGUAUUUCGAGUCUGGCUCAGCCUUUCUUGCUUCAUGAGCACCCAGGAGGGGACCAAGCAACCAGCUGGCCUUAAUAUGGGUGACGAAUUAUUUAAUGAACAUUUAACCAAGAUUUGAAAUUCUGCGCUCUUUUCUUCUGUGGGCCGCUGGCAUUGCGGCUAUGAGCUGCUCCUCAUAGCUCUCUGCAGCUCUUUAGAGAAGGAGUGAGAGUGUGUGUGUGUGUGUGUGUUUAAAGCUAGUGCUGCCUUCUUUGAUCCUCCCCCUUUCAGUUUCCUUUUCUCCAAUUUCAUACUUCUUUCCAACAGCAUUUGGCCUCAGUGCAGUUUAGAUCUUGGAGGCCAGCAUGACUAAAUAGAUGCCAGGAGUUUGUGCUGGUUUUCUGGAACAUUCCUUCUGUGAGCAUUGAUUUCUCUGUCACUCACCAGACAUGUUGAUUCUCCCCCCCCCCCACGGGGUGUAAGGUAAUGUUUUUCUAGCCAACACAAAGUCUCAAGCCCGGAGCUCUGGGUUGGUUGGAACAGGAUUCCCCUGCCAGCCCCUUAUUGCACCAAGAUAAAGGAGUGCUCUGCAGGGAACUGAAGACGUGUUUCCAGGAGGCUGAGGCCAGCUCUAUGCUGGGGGUGGUGGUGGUUACGUCCCCUCAUCUAGAGGAAGGUCAGAGUUUGCUCUGAUUAAACAACUGUGUGUCUCUGAGCAAGUCCCCCAGCCUCUCGGACUUCAUUUUCUUAGUUGCAAAAUGAGUCAGUUAACCAAGAUCAGUGUCCUGUUGGUUUGUAAAAAUACUUUAAUUUGCAAGGAGGUAAGAAAGACUAACACAGCCUUGUCGUGACCACUGAGUGAAAAGCAGGCUCACGCCCUCGGACCUUUCCCCUGACUACAGGGAAGUGCUAGAAUUGGGGUGCCAGAGAGUGUAGGCCGGACACCACUGAUAGGCGAAGCAGUCUUCCUCAGCCCUGGGUCACUGAAGGGAAAACCCAUCUUAGCACUGUUGCUUUUCUGUGGGAAACGGUGGCCUUAUACCUGGGAAUGACUGGCCCACAAAUUACGCGCAGUUCCUCUUUGCAUCGUUUGCAUCCCAGGUUCCAAACCCUCACUGACCCUCAGAGCACAGGUGAUCUCCUGAGUGCAGAUGCACCACAGAGGGGCGGGAAGGGAGCACAGUGACCUGGUGUCAGAAUUGUUUUGUCUCACAGCAAUUAUUUCAGCCAGUGGCACCUUUAAAGAUAAGACAGCUUAUCUACAUUCAGGGAGGAUUGGGACCAAGAGGGGAAACUCUGGAAGCAGGGUUCCACGCCAAUAAAUUCAUGUAUGCACCACAAAAAGUUUGAUCUUAUGUCUUUUUGAUGUGUGUCCAUGUGUUUGUCCACCUGUCAGUCUGUCUGUCCAUCCAACCAUCCAACCAUCCAACCAACCUACGAAUACUUCUGAUCAUCUAGCGCAUGCCUGGAAUGCUGUUAGGUGCACAAGACUGAGCAGGGUCCAUGUUCUCGCAACACCAUGUGCGGGAGAGAAGCAGUAGCAUGGAAAUGAGGGAGGGAACCUCUUGGGGUUCAGACUGGAGGUACCUUUAAUUAAUUUGAGGAUUUUUUUUUUUAACCAGUUCAUCUUCAAGGAAGAAAUUAUCAGCUUCUGGUAGAAAACACAGCGAGCCAGGGAGUAGCCCGUCGUGCUUGGCAGACCUCCCUUGAUUUGCGUGGGCAAAUGCAGCAGCAGAGUCAAAUGGGAGGUUUUCUGUAUGUGGACUAGUAACUCUCUUUAUUCUCUUGUUUCGGACCUGCCAGAGAGGCCGAGGGUAAAGUAGAAAUGCAGAUGGCCUGGGUGUCUUCUUCCUCCUCAAUAUGAUAAAAAGGUGUCGGGAAGGAUCAUCCAUAAAUCUGGUUAGAAAAUGCUAAGUUUGCUGUGCGACGGUCCCCAGGUGGGUACAGCAUGGCUGAGGCCAGGUAGCAGAGAGCACUUUGUCAUCCAUAAAGCACUUUCGCACCUCAGAGGGAGGUGAUCCACAGUGAGGGCCCUGGAGUGGGGAGUUCUGACCUAGUGUUGCCUCUUCCCUGCGCCCAGUCCCCACCCAGGUGGGCAGUAGCUGACCUGACAGCAAAGCAGGUAAGGCUCAGAGCCAAACCCAGGGUGGCAGCCAGGCCAGAGUCUCCUCGAGGCCCAGCUCCCUGUGGCCCAGUAGAUUGGGGACUUUGGCUCCCCACUGGGGUUUGUGCCACUUAGGCCUCUGCAACAUGGCAGCUGGCCCAUGGAAGCCAGGACAGGAAGAGCGUGCACAGGGAGGUGGAAGUCACAGUCCUCUGUAACCUAGCCACCAAGGUGAUAUCUUACUGCUGUUACCCUAUCCUCAUUUUGCCGGGUCCAGUGGGUGUCUCUGUGUUCUUCGGAUCUGCCUUCUCUCUGGGCUGAGAGGUGUGGAAAGCACCUUUUUUCCCUUUAUGUAUUUAUGCAUUUCUGCCUCAUGAUGGGAGCUAAGAUUUAGUCCUUUAAUAAGAAAGCUUAUGAAGAGAAUAAAGAAGCAUGUGGAUCAUUUCCUAAAGUCAAGUAUUUGUUUUCAUGCUGCUUUGGUAGAGGGGGCCCGUGUUAAUAGAUGGCCCACAUUUUCUUUUUAAAGAAACUUCUAUUGCCGAGAUUGGAGUUGAGUUCUAAAAAUUGGCCAGAAACCCUGAACUUUUUUUGUUUUGAGCCGUAAAAUUAGAUAAGGUUCACCAAUCAUUCCAAAGCCUGCAUAGCAUACUAUUCUGCUCAUUCAGACGAUGUGUAAUCUAUAGGAUUUGUGGUGGUUGUUGUUUUGGGGUUUGCUUUUUGAAAAUAGAAACCUUUAUUUUUUCUUUUCUUUGGAAAAUAUAGUAGACAUUGAUUUUAAGUAGGAAAGUUUGGGUUUCAUGUCAUAAAAUCAGCCCUGUUAAAACAUAUAAUAAAAUACUUAGCAAUAUUCAAAUUUCCCCUGUGAAAUAUCACACUCUUUCACUGAGCUGGACGUUUUGCUUCUUUACAUCCCACCUUGUGUGGAAUCCACACCACUUUAAACAGUUCAUUCUUGAGUUUCAUAUGAUGGCCUCUUUAAUCAUUUACAUUUGAAAAAAAAGAAAGUGAAAUAUUCUUUAAGAAGCCAAAGUAAUCCAUGAGAAUAUAUGGUGUUUGUUCAGCUGGAUAUCUUAUUUAUUUGAAGUCCUGAAAGAAAUCUCUUUUGACUGCUCAAAAAAGGGAAGGAUAAACAGUAAGAGUGUCCAAGUAAUCUGAGCUAGAAAGUUCCUUCUUUCAGAGAAAAGUUAUAAAAAGUAUAUUUGCUAGAUCCAAAAAAAAUACUGUACAUCAACUACUGAGACCUGCAUGUUUUCUUAGUAUUCUCACUCCUUAGAAGAAAAAGAAAAAAAAAAACCCUGUAAAAUCUGGGGACUUUAAUAUUGUUGAUAUUUUAAUAUUCCUAGGCAGGUGAACACAGUGUCUUUUUCUUAGGAUUCAGUCUCUUCUGCUGGCUUUUGUGUGUGUGAAGUGUCAUUGUCACUUUGUUGAUCCUUUAUAACCACAAGUAAUGGAAUCAGCAUGGCUGAAAACUCAACAGUAACCCUGAGCAAAUUUUCUAUAAGGAAGGCAUUAAGAAGAUGUUUAAAAGAAAAUAAAUACAAUAUAUUUCAAAAAAAUUAGAUUCUGGAGUCUACCCAGUAAUGAAAAUAAUAUAGCUUUCUUCUCAUUUCUGUUCUUUCCAUUUCAAGCAUGUGGAAGAUUUCUGAUGGCUGGAAAGGAGGGGCACACUGGUCUCCUCUAUCCUGAAUCUGGAGGGGUCUUUCUGUGGUGCAGACGCUCCUGGCUGCCCUUGGGCUUGUGUAUGGUAUCUUCCAGUAGCACUUUGUCUCAUUGCCAGGCAAAAGGCUCUGUUGGGGUCAUAGCUGACCCCAGGGUGAGGACCUUUUUUGACUUCAAGCCAAACAUUUUUUAAAAGUUGAUAAAUGAAACUCACCUUUGGCCAGCCUGCCUGGCCCUGGGGAUGCCCCAGGUUGGACGGUAAGGGGAACAUUUGAAAUGUGUUUGGCACAGCGUGGGGGACAUACUGAACCUCCCUGAGUGCAGGCUGUGUGGUUCCAGAGGAUGGGGGACACCCAGCAGUGACAGCAGUGGGGCCACAUUUAUUAGUACGGACGGUGCCAGGCCUGCUCAUGGGGCCUUUCUGGUGUCAGCCCACUGGUCAGGACUAGGAGGGGAGCUGAGCUCAGUGUGGAGAAAGGCCACCUGUGGGCUUGGAGGGGAAGGAGCCAGGUGCCAGAGGAAUGCUAGCGCUUCCUUCUGGUGUCCCUGCCCUCAUGGCAAGCCUCCCUAGCUCUCCAGGCCAAGUAUUUUCUUUUUCUCUAGACAAAGGAGAAAAGAGCUGCCACAUCUUUGUGUCUUUAGGGGUUGAGGCACAGUCCUUACCCUGUGGCAAGUUUUGAACUCAAGAAAAACUCAUCUCCUUCAUCCCCCGCCAAUUACUAUGAAUGUUUCUAAAAUCUGACUGUCAAGGAGUAGAGAACAGCUGUAGCAAGGAUAGUAUCUGUCACGUGAUCCCAGAUCAUAUGCAGCUGGGCCCCUGCAGGUUCAAAACACCCUCUAGUCCUGAGCUCCCAGGAUACCCCAAGGAACUGCCAUAAUCCCUUUUAUGAUAAACACAUGAGAACAUGACAUAUUUCUGGAUCUUAUAAUUCGACUUGGUCCAUUUCCAGGCCAUAUUAAUUCUUAUGCGUUCCCUGCCCACUUUCUUCAGUUUCUAGUGACUCUCAAACAUUUAUUCACCCUGUGCUCUGCUUGUCCUUCCUUUAAGUUGCCUUAGAUCCUGUUUUUGGAAGCAGGUCAAGUCUGAAUUAAUAAAGUGAUUUAGGUUAAGUACUGGCCUAUCCCUCAGAAUCUCUUAACACCAUACCAAAGUAACUUUCUCAUGGUCUGUGCUUUUGGACAUAUUUCUAUAUCAUCCAUACUCAACAAGAGAUUAUGCAACACCUUUUGAAUAAGUGAAUAUUCUAAUAAAACCAUUCUUAUCUUUAGAAUUUUAGAAAGCUCUUAAAAACUUGUUUCCUUCAUGUUUCACAGAAUGCCAGUUACUUUUAUCGCUCUCUAGCGACAUGCCAGAGCCCAGACGGUGAAUCAGUGACCUGUAUGACUGUGUGUGCAUGUGUUCACACAACACAGUUCCUCAGGACUCUGGUAAAUACAUAUGUAUCCCUCCUUUGAUCUUUUUUUUUCCCCUUUCUCUACUAUUCCUUUUCCCCUGCGUCCAUGAUUGUUUCUCAGUGAACUAUGUUUUCAAUGUAUCUUCAUGAAAUUUUAUUUUUCAUUCAGCUCACUUAAGCUGGUUUAUAAAGAUUACCUAGCAAUGACAAUGCAGAUGGCUGUUUGUAGACAGUAAGUAUCAAUAAAUGGAACUUCUUUUUUUAAAGUUGUGUCCUAGAGAUGGCACCUGUGCUUAGGAAAUCUGUCUAGGGUAGGAAGAGUCAAGCCAGCCAUUUCAGCCUUGCCAUUUUGAUCCUAAAGAUUUUUUUAACUGUAUAUUUAUGAAUAAAACAUUUUAAUCAGAACUAUAUCAACACUGAUCAAUUUUUCUGUUGGUGGUUUGAUGCAGGGUGAAUUCCAUUAGGACAAUUAAAUACAUAAUCCAGUUUUUAAAUAGUACAAAGACAGUUAAGCUCUUUUCUUUUAAUUGAAAUCCCAUUCUCCAUCACCACUCUUUCCAUAUGUAUCACGAGGUGGAGAUUUAGUUCAUUUCUGUUUUGUACCUGGCAACAUUUGCAACUGUUUCUAUUGUGAGUUUUGUGUCCAUUAUUUUCAUCAAGUUCACACUUUUAGAUGCGCAAAUCUACAUUUUACCAAAUUUUCGUGAUGGUAAUUUCAACCCUAAAGAUAUGUUAUUAAUUUGAUAAUGGGUCUCUUUACUUCUUAGCUAAUGCCUGAGAAAUCCCUGAGCGUGUCCACUCCAGAAUUCUGGAAUUCCUCAUUUACCCAGGAUUGGCUCUGAGCAUGUCGCCACUUAAUUCUUCCCCCAACUUCCAGGGUCUUAGAUGACUUUGGAAGUGCUCUCCUUUCUCUGCUGUGGCUAGGGCACAUGAUAAUGACAGACCAAGACAUUCUGUGUUGCUCUGGAAAGCUGUCUUUCAAACUGUUUGACCACUUCUGAGGUUUGCUUACGCUGGAACUGAGUGCGUAUGUACUCACGCACGUUUGUAUGUCAAAGUCUGAGACAAAUGUUCUGUGGAGCCAUACUCUUCACCAUGACAGUGUCCUCUAUUGUGUUUUUUCUUGGUCCUUUUUUGUUCUUGCUGACUGUGACCCAAGUCUCAGUGCACCUCUGGUUUCACUGCACAAGGCACCGCGGUCGGUCCAUUGAGGGUGGCUGCUCUAGAGCUGCUUGAUCUGCCACCAUCUGAGAACCCUUCUCUGAGUGCCUGGUCUGUCAAGUGCUGUCUCCAGGGCAAAGAGAGCCAAGCACAUUCCUCAUCCCAUGGGAGCUCACAGAGGUAGCCGAGUGGCAGUGGAUGAAGCGGGAAUAAGAAUGGUCACAUGAAGUUGCAGAAUGGCACUGACAUCUCUACUGUGACUUGAAGAAUAUGUUGGAGUGAACAUGUACAGCCAGUAAAAGAGGAUUUUAGGUGCACUUUGCCCCAGUGGUAGGAUGGGGACUAGGACUAGGGAUAAAGCUCAAGGGGCACUAACUCCAGUGAUCAAGAUGAUCAGUAUUUUUAAAAAUCAAAAUGAAUGCAAAAAUUCACGAUGAACAAAAUUUCAAAUUUGAUUGAAGACAGAAUCCGUAUUAUAGGAAGGGCUCAAGUAAUGCACAUGAAUUUGAGGUUCAAGGUGGUGGAGGGUAAAAAAGGCCGCCCAAAGACCUUGCAGAGGAUUCUGUACCUAGCAUUGUACAUUGAAGUCAAUGAUGAUGAUGAUGAUGAUGAAGAGGAUGAGGGUGGGGUAAAGCAGUUUCUGUAUGCCAGGGCUUGUGCCAUGCACCUGUGUAUGUCUCACCUGAGUUCUUUGGGAGUGUUGUUCUGUUAUUAUCAAGGAAGCUUGGAGGCAAUGAAGAACUUGCCCAAGGCCACAAACUCAAGGCAGUGGAGGUGAAUUCAAGCCCCUUCCUGUUGACUGGAGCAUCCAGCUCUAAAUCCUUCCACCCACAACCUCUGCUGGCUCAGGCUGUGUCGGGCCUCUGAGAGGAAGGGGAGUAGGGAAGAGGAAUGUGGAGGUGACCGGAAAUGCUGCAAGUCUGCACCUAGACAGUACCGAAGGCCCAGAGGCAGGAGACAUGAUACCGAAGUUGUAGAAACUUUUAAAGUGUGGACUGAGUAGGGAAGAUAAAUGGGUAGGGGUACACAUAGGAUAUGUAAAUUUUGGGAUGGAUUUAUUGAUACACGUGUGCAUGUGUGGAUCAAUAAGGAAAAUAUAUGACAUUUUAAAUAUUAUUUCGGCUUAACAAAUUAUUAUCUUCCGUUCAUUAAGUAGUAGCAUUACAUUUUUGCCUUAGGGAUGUUUGAUAAAGAUAGUAUGGAAUAAUAUCUUAACAUAACAAAAUAUGUUUUUUCUGAUGGGUACAUUGUCUAUUUCUAUAAACAAGUCCUCAAACUGUGACUGUGGCAUCUUUGACAUAUCUCGAUGCAUCUUUCUAUUGAUGACACUUAACUAAUGAUGUAAGACAUUCUUAAAAGAGAAUAUGUAGAAUGUCUAUGUGUCACUUCCAUAUUAUCUAUAAAAGUUAUCAUGCCUACUCAUUAUUUAAAUAGUGGUGGUUUUAGUGAAUACCAACAUUAACAGACCAUGUUAAAAUGAUUUUAAAUUCAUAAGGAAAUCCUCAAUGCCAUAGGAUUGUGGAACUAUCCAGUUAGCACACUGAUAGCUCUUUAGAAGAGUUACAGUCUUUGGAGGGAAGAGUUUUGUCUUCUGUGGGAUGGCAGCAUUUCUUCAAGUGCCACCUGAGUCAGGGCUACUGGAGCGAUGGUUUAUGUGAAGUGGAAGUGUCUGCAGUGUAUGCCCGUCCUGUGAUUUCAACCUGCUGGGCAUGGAAGGAUGUCUGUAUGCUCAGGCCGACUGGUGCUUCUGCACUCUUGUUUGUUGCUGUUGUGCUCAUUAAUGACCUUUCUGGGGGCCUUUCUCAGGUCUCAUGUCACAGCUCUUCCAGAACGGGCUUAUCCAGGAGCAGCUAAAGCCCCCCUGCAAAUAAGCCCUUUUACUACUUGGAGUAAAAAAGCUCUUUUGUCCAGUCCAGGUUUGCUACUUGUCCUCUUGGCUCCUGGACUAUAAGUCUUUGGUGACAGGGCUUCACUAAGGAGGUGUCACUUCAUGGCUCAUGUGUAUGUCCUGAACCAGUGAUGUGAAUUCUGCCAAAGCUGGUGGGUGGAGAUGCAUGAAUUCUGUUUCUUGAUUUAAUUUUUUUUUUCUUUUACAUGCAAACAUAUUUAUUCCCGUGCUUCAGGCUUUCUUUUGGAAAAUCUUAAUAGCAGUCAUGGGGCCCACAGGAGCACACAUGAACAUAAUCCAGAAGGUAGCAGCUUCUGCUGAACAUAAGAACCUCUCUGGUCUUUGUGCUGGAAUCCGCGUCUGCUUGCCUCCCAGAUGUGAUGGAGCAUAACCUCACCUGGCCAACCUCGACAUGCUCUGCUUAUUAUCACACCCUUCCCUGUUCAUGCCAAUCAACUGUCUAUUUUUUUGGGCAUAGCCCAAAAUAAACAUUUAUUCUAUUAUUGCAUAUUUAUAACAUGUGUAGUCAUUUUAAAUUAUUAUGCAGCAUGUGAAGAAUAAACAAUGUAAAUUUGCUAAUUUUAGCAUUGAUACUAGGGAAACCAAUCUGAAAUUUAAAACUAUAUGUGUCUAUAUAUAUUUAUACAUGUGUACCUACACAGAACCAUGUGCAUAAAGUCCCACAAGUACCAGGGGAUGCCCAUAGGUGGCACCAGGCUGCAUCUCAAUGUGGGUUUGGGGUGGAAUUAGCUUAUAGAUGUCCAGUGGAGGGCCUGGGGGGAUGGCAUGAUUAGUAUGUCCUUACUGGGAUUGGGGAGGGAAAAAAAGCAGCCUUCUUUUCCAACAAUUUCUGUUCAUGUCAUCUCAGCAUUUAAUUGACUUCACUUGCAUGAUCACUUGAAUUUUCCCAGGUUAGCUGCCCUAUUCAUCAUAACCUAGAAGGGUAUAUAGGUACACUAAUGGAUCACAGGGUCUAAACGGAGGAUAGCAGGUGACUCAGGAAGAGCCAAGCCUCAUGUGCCCUGCGUGGCAUGAUGAACUGAGGCUUCCUUUCACUAGCUCAUGUGACCACAGUUGCCUUCACUUUAGAGGUCAUUGUGGCCAAGGUCAUUAGUUUAGAGUAAGAAACCAAACCCAGAAAUCUGAAGAGACGGUUUCAAGUUUAUGCUGCAAGACAGCAAGGUAGUGCCCUUUUCUGUAGCCCAAGCGACUUUGAGCUUCUUUUCUACUUUAAUAGACAUGGCAUAUAAGCAUUGGUGGGUUGUCUGUCCUGCUGAGUGGGAAGGGCUGUGAGGGGUGGUCGGGCCUCUCAGCUUGGAGCUUCCUCCUUUUCAUGCCGUUCAUCCUGCUCCUCCUAACCAACCAUUGAGGUCCUGUGUGGCUUCUGCUAGUUCACCAAUUCAUGCUUUUCUUGUAUUUUUUUGAACGAUGCCCCUGUGCGUCUCUGAGGUGUGUGGAUUAAGUGUACGCUCUCAGGCAUCGAGGGCUUUUCCUGUGGCAGAAUUUACUUUCUGAUCUUGUGUACACCAUUGCUUAUGUUUGCCAACGAAUGUUCUUGGAAAUCAUCUUCUAGUUUCAGUGCAGUUAAGUAUUUACAAAUAAGAACGGUGACAUGUUUGCGUUCCCAUUCAGCCUGAAGGCUUGCUUGAUGUUGCAAAUGAAAAAUUGCUUGAUUCGGUUUGGAAAUCCCAAGAAGUUAUGCGUGACAGGCUCAAGAGGGACUCUCUCCCCCAAAACCUAGGUCCAUGGCUAGGGCCUUCUCAGUUGGUUUCAGAACAUCCCAGGGCCAUGUGUAAUUAGCUUGUUCUUAAUUUGCCUUCUUUGUUAAUUAACUAACCCCAAGUCUGGGUGCAUAAUAACUGGGUUAUUUCUUUAGGGGCCUUAGUUGUCUAGUUCUAGAAGUAAUGUUCAUCUUGAAAGUCUUUACCUCUCAGUUUCAGUAGUUUUUGCUAUCCAAGACAAAAAAGCCACAACUCUAAACAGAGUCAAUAGUGAGGCUCCAUGGGAAAUGUGCUGGGGAUGGGUGGAUGGUAGAGCUCACCGUUGCCUAGGUAGAUUUUCAGUAUUUCAGGUGUCUGCCUGUCUGUAUGCGUGUUUUCAUUGACAUACACAGUUGGGGAAGUACAAGAAAGCAACAAAAACUACUUUGCAAGAUAGAGAAAUACCUAAUGGCUUCUUUUUAUGUAAAUCCAACAUAAUUUUCUCUUAGAAGAAUACUAAAUAUACACAUUGGCUCUCUCUUCCCACUCUGAAUUAAUUGAGUGUGGUCGCUGCUUUAAGGUGCUCGGCUAGAAACCACCAGCUUGCAGGCUCCAUGCUCACAUGAUGUACCCAGAGUUAAACACAGAGAUGCCCUAGUCUGGAGGUGACAGAACAUUCAUAACAUCUGGCCGCGAGCUUCCCAGGAAGUAGCCCCUCAGCAGGCCACAUUUCUCUAGUGUUCAUAAAACCAAAUCCACCCAUCAGCUUACUCUGUGGGUGCUGGGGGUUUUGCUGAUGUUUUUAAAAUGAGGGCUAGUUUAUUAGUAGUAUAUUGAGGAUAUUUUAGUCUAUACUUUGGGGCAUGGUUUUAAACUACAGCAUUUUCAGCAAGAAUUAAGCUGAGUCCAUUAUUUCCCUGGGAGUCACUUUACCGCCUUGACUUUGGUCUCUCUCUGCUGGCAUUUAGAGCAUUCAUUAUGACUUAUAUGAAUUCUUUCUGGCUUUUCAUACAGAGAGCUGGGAUGAAAAUGGGGGUCUACUUAUAGCAAAGUGGAAUUGGAAUGCAUGGGCCAGGUGAGUGUCAGUCAGUACCCAAGGAAGCAAAAGCUGUCCAGGAAAUCUGAAGUUCGUCUUUGAGUCUUCUGUUUGUCCUGAAGAAGCUGGCUAAGGGCAAAUGCAAAGAAUCCCAAAUAGCAUUUCCAUGCCUUUCAGUAGGUUCUGGGUAAUCAGUUUGUAAUGUGCCUCUAACUGCACAGGACUGGCUUAUAAGUCUCAUUCACUCCCACACUGAGUUUGAGCCACAGUCACAGAUUGAGUCAUCCUUAGAACUGUAUGGAUUCACAAUGAGUUCACGUGGCUUUUUCAUUAAAAUUGCAUUGAAAACCGCAACCAUGUUUUAGAAUAGCUCAGUCUGUUUUGUUCUCCUCUGAGCAUCCUUUGGAUCAUUUUUAGAGUUCCCCGGGGAGUACAGAAUGGUAGAGAAGAAGCAUUUGAGUUGGCAGGCCAAAGGUUCAGGAUUUUUUUUUUUUUAAUAUUGUCAUUGCCUUUUCCUUCCCACAGGAACUAGUGAGUUUGAAUUUUUGUUGUCCAUUUUAUAGUGGAGGAAGUCGAAGCUCUGGGUGAGUGGCCUUGGUCACAUAGCUUGUAGGUAGAACUGCCGACCAUGAGACUCGAAUGCCUGUGCCCUGCCACGGUACCUCCCUGCUUCUCCAAGCACUUCCUCCCAAUGCAUGCCGGGGCUUCUGCGGGCUCUAUCCCUGACUGAGGUCUCAGCAUGCAGUGGUGGCCUGGCCUCAUGAGCAGACACGACAUUAUGCUGGAAGGCGCUAGCCUGCUCCUCUGGGAUCUGGGAGCCUUUGUGGUCAGGAGUAAGAAGGGAGCACAUUGUCAGGGUGGGUCCAAUCUUGCCUUUUGGGACCCACGACGUGAGUCCUGGAAGGAAUCGAGGAAUGGAGGUAUUCCUGGGCUCCCGUUUCUGGCAUUCAUGACUUCCUUGGGACAGGUCACGUUUCAUAUGUUCCGUAGUCGUUGUCAAUUAAAUUUUUAACUUAUCUUUCAGUAUAUUCUUUGCCCAUUUCUCUCCUUUCCUCCCCAAAUACUCAUGCUUCAGGUGCACAGAUUUCUUCAGCCCUGACUGAAUAGGCCAGAGAACAGCAGCUGUCCUACAACUGCUUUCUCCUUUUGAGGGACAUCCUCUUGAGAAACUCAGGUUUGCAGUUUGUAAGAAAGAAAAUCGGUGUGGCCUAUGGUACAUGUGUCCAGUGACCUGCUAUGUCUUUAUUUUUGAAGAGUAGACCUGACCUCUUAAGUGUGAGAUGUGAUAGGUCCUGGACUUAUCCAGGUGGCAUAGCAAGGCUUGGAUCUAUGGUUGGGAGUGGAUCCCUAAGGAAUUCUGCUGAUGGUAAAUAUUAAACGGAUGCUUUGUUUCAGCUUUUAACAUACUCUAUCACUGAGGGAAUAUCACUUGCUUCUCACUGUAAGUUUGGAAGUAGUUUCCUUGGAGGAUGAAGCUCGGGAAAUAGGGCCUCUGGUUGGCAAGGGGAAUCCAAGUAUUGCUGAUCUUUUACCCAUCCUUGCCACAGGUAGUUUCUGCUUUAGUAGUGGACGUCCACCCUUGUUGGUGCUUAUCAAAUCAUCCAGUCAUUGCUAGAAGCUUGGUGCGAUCACAUAGGUGCAGAAUUCCAUGUUUGAAUUUUUUUUUUAAAAAAGGGAGAAUCAAGUGAUGCCUGGGUUCAUGUUCCAGUAUCCAUGAAGGCUCACCCUAACUUUCACAAACAUUUCUCUUAACAUGAGAGCCCACCAGCCAAGGUCUGGAUUCUCCUGGGUGUGCCAUGUUGCACACAGGCCCUCCUGGAUGCCUGCUGUUCUUGUGUGGCCACGUAACCAAACAAGGAGCCAGGGGUAAAGGCUGGAACGAACACAGGGAAGGGCCUGUACACAGAGGGGGGCAUAGCUGGAGAAAGCAGAGAACUCUGGGUUCCAGAGACCCUUCCUUACCAGCAGUGGUGUGGUAAGGAUCUGGGUGGGACCCCAGAUCUCAUGGAAGAUGUGGAGGAAGCCACAUAGGCCCUCCGCAAGGAUCCCCACUCGGGUGCAUCUAAGCCAAUGGCAGCGCAGCAGCCAGGGCCAGCGGUUGUUUCAGGGCAAAGCUGUUUUCACGAUCACAGCCGCUCACAGUCCAAAACCCCUCAGAGUUCAUGCCUCAGUACCUUCAAUGUGCCCCAUGUAAAAAUACACUGUGAGUCGAUUGGACAUGCCCCAUGAAUUAUCCUGUAUUUAUUAUCGAGGAACCCUCCCUUUCUCCGUCAUGCUUUAGAAUUAUGUGCUGGAGCAGUUUUUAAUACUCUAUUUAUUUUAGGGGAGGAAAAUGUUUUUCUUUAACCACAACAUUCAUGCAAUACCAACUGCUGGCAGUUUCCCCGGCAUUUAAGGAAAUAUUGUUGUAAGACUUUUAUGUUCCGUACUUCAAUCAGCCACAGCCAGCAGUAUCCCAAUAGAAGGACCCUCAACAGACCGUUUUCAGCAUUUUGCUACAAUUAAACUCCUCUGGUUUUAGCCCUCGGGCAAUUUAGUACCUUUUUACAUAUGCACAUUAUGAACUUUUGACCAGGGUCUCGCAGCCAUAUAUUAGAGUGCUGCUCUUGAAAGCAGGCUUAACAAGUUCCUCUGAGUAUUGCAGUUGGAGUCAGUAGUGGAAAAGGUAAUUUAAGCAACUUGCAGUGAGGCCAUUCAGAAUCUCAGCGAUGAUCCUAAAUAUCUCUCUCGCUCACUCUCCUUUUAUUUUUUUCUUCCUUGUUUCCUCUGGAAGCUGGUAGCAAGAGCUUUCAAAGUCUGUGAUUGAUCUUUUAUUCAGUAGCUAACGAGGGCUGUGAUUCUAUUAGCGCGCUACAAGGCAAGAGAACAGUGAUUUAAUGAAGUGUCUAGUGAGCAGGCCAUAGAUUUAUCCUGUUGUCGCUAAUUUGCAGUGCCGGGGCGAGCAUGAAGGAAACCUGCACUCACACUGCUAUUAAGCAGGUAUUUCCUUAGUAAAUUGUUGUAAGGUCAGGUACAGUUAUCUGAGCAAAAGCAAUGCCUUACCUCUUCAGUGUCUGCAGAUGACAGCCGCCAUGCUGAGCGCUCACUGAAGUGGAACCGGGAGAUCAGAGGUCCGUCUGCAAGUCGCCCUUAGCGGAGGAAGGAGCAGAUGAACUGCCAAGUAGGAGUAAUAGAGUCAUAAUUGGUGAUUAGAACCGGAAAGGUGCAAUAACAUCUUAAUACAAACUGGCGUAUGUUAUAGUUACUGUCAGUUGUUGUAAACUCGCCCUGCCGCCUGGACUAGUUAUGUUUCCCUUGAUUAGCUCCGAGGAAGGAAGCAGCAGGCACGGGGACAACCACCCCGACGGCAGGGACGUGCAAAGCCUGACUGCUUCCCGGGCGGGGUCUUGCCUGGUCCCUGCUGUUCUCCUGGGUCUCCCACACUGGCCCCUAGGACCUUGCCAAGGUAACCUCACCCCACUGCCCCGGGAGGACUGCGUGUCCAUUACUGUCCUCUGAUCUCCUCUUCUCAGGCAUGGUGACAUUCAUGCACACUGAUUUCGAGGCUCAUUGAACUUUUGUUUUAUUUGCUUUUGCUAAGGUGAGGUAUCCGCCUUGUGUCAAAUCCAUAUCCUUCUGCAACUCUUUGCUCACAGUAACAGAUUCAGUCUUGCCGUGCCAGAAAGAAAACAUGAAAGAAAAUAAAUACACAGUGUGGGGGGAAUUAUACACUGGGGAUGGCGUUUUUUCAGCAUGUGUGGCGAUAGUUCAAGUGCAGCGUGCCUGGUUGGAGGUGCCCUUGCUGUGCGUGUCCACUGUGGCUCCCUGCGAAGAGGCGGUUGAAGGGUUCCUGGAUGAUGCUUAAUGAAACACCAGGCUGUGCAGAAGAACAACCCUCAACAGCCAAGGUGUCCUGCGGACAGUUACACAGAUGUGGGCAUAGUGGGCAUUCCCACGCCCAAGUCCCUAUCGCUCUCUAAACUCACAGGAGAAGCCAUCCAGCAUUGACCAGAUGUGCUGAUGAAUAUGGGACUGUCAUUCAUGUUGUCUUGAGAGGAUAAGAGUCACCAGGAUGCCUGGGAGAGGACAGGGAGAGGAGGUAAUGUGUAGGGAGGCAUCUUACCAUUCUGGCACGUAGUAGGUUCUCAGUUAAUGGUUUGGAGUUCUGUGGCUGCAGGAUCAUUGUCUGAAUGAAGCUUUGUCAUUGAUGUCUCACCCUGAAUUACAUGGGUAAUUCUCAAGCCUACUUUGCCCCAGUGCUGUGUGUUAGGUUAGUUAAGGUUUAUGAUCAAGGAAGGGGUUUAAAGGAGUGUUUUAUAACGUUGGCAGAUGUUCGUCUGAUUUAAAGGGUGAGUCCCACUUCCCGGUUUUCCAGGGUGAACUGUUGGGCCUCGGGACUGUCACUCAGGCUGGAAGAACUGUUUCCUCCUCACGGGGCUCUCUCUGUCCUGGAACAGGAAUCUCGACUUGUUGGUGUGGAUGCCAGAAGGGCGACACACCAGCGGUGGCCUGCUGCAGAGUUUGGGAGCUCAUCUGAGCGCACCAUAUCGUGGCAGCGGGUCCACCUGAGAGAGGCCCUAUCCGUCCCAUCACAGGGAGACGUGGUGUAAAUGCUCAUCGCUCAGCACGGUGGCCCAGGACAUCCAGUGGCAUAUCUGCUGAAGAUUUGGAAGAGGGACAGAGACAGACAUAAGUGGGACACUUACGAAGGAGAAGGGAGAGGAGAGGGCACUGGAGGGGGCAGGAGAUGGGCGCAGCCUGCUGAGUCCUGCUUGUGUCUCCUGUAGUCCUUGCUAAAAGUGGCUAGGUGGGAGCAACAGUGACAAAUGGCUGUCAUGUCCCUAGUGCUGACUGUGUCCACCUCUCAUUUAAUCUUCAUGCAGUUCCUCAGGGCCCCCGCCUUCUGAUGACACACUACCCCGUGGGGGCCAUGUCAGAGUCCAGCAGAACUCUGACCUAUGUCUGUCAGUCCUGCCUUUCAAUCUGUAAACACAGGAGCGCCCCUUGUUUGUGAUCUGCCCCUGUCCUCCUGUCCUUUCUGGAGAGGCCCAGCUUCUCAUCUCUGUGAGGGUCCCCAUUCUUUCUCCUCUUUGGAGACAUGGACUGUGCAAGUCUCCAUUCUGCUCUGCUCUCCAUUCCAACUCCUGUUGGACCCUCAAGGAAAAUCGGCAAGAGGAGGAGUGGAGUUGCAGAACUUCGUUUCUAAAGUGGGCGAGCAGUCCAGGUGAAGCACAAGGACCCACCAUCUCAUAGUUGAACAUGUUUAUGGGAACGUGUUUGCAUCUCCACCUGCACACCCUGUUAUGGUAAUAAGUGCCCACAUAAACGUGCCUUGGUGUGUAAAUCAGUGUUCUUCCCUUCAUUUUCCUGGUGAAUAAUACCCACCAUCAGAGGGCACUAACAGUGUGAUCAAUGUAUGUUUUUAAAGUGUUUAUUAUGUUUCGUGGAUUUUUUUUUUCCUUUCUGAAGAACUGAUCUUUCUAAUCGGAGUUGCAUUCAUAUGGACUUUUUUGGUUUUAAAUUAAUAGAAGCUCGGACACCAGGCACAAGAUGUCACAUAUUAUUGGAUUCCAUUUGUAUACAAAAUCCAGCCCAGGCUAG